AUUCACGCCCAGCUUUCAGAUCGUCCACCUCUACGGCUCCGUAUAUCAGGCUCGGUCAUGAAGUGUUCUACAUUCUCAAUUCCUCGUCCCUGACCAGCGCACCCAAGUCAAAUCCUCCUCCGACAAGACAAUGGCAACUCCUCACGCGCUUCACCACUCUCUCCUCCGACCCUGCGUUCUCCAUAUCCUCCGAGCAGCAGGUUACCAUUCUACGCGCCCGUCAGUCCUAGAUACUCUCACCGAUCUAGCGGCGCGAUACAUGUUCCUCCUGGCCCAGACUACGGCGAAUCAUGCCUCCCUGAAUCACAAUGCGCCGGAACUGUCACUCGAGAUCGCAGUUCAAGAUGUUAGGAUGGCAAUGCAGGAUUGUGGAGCUCUAGGACCCGAGAAGACAUUCGAGGAGCAGGAAUGGGAAGGUAUUGAGGAUACAAGAGGUAUUGAUGCGUUCCUGGCGUGGGCAAGAGGACCAGCGAAUCGUGAGAUCAGGAGAGUUGCGCUUGAGGGUGCCGAGGGAGCGAAAGAUGAUUAUUUGGCAGUACUCAAACAGAAACAUGCCGCUGCGGACGAAGAUACAAGAUAUACUGGUACUCUCCUGGGUAAACCAGCAGAGCUACGGGCAGUCAAAGUCGAGGGCGGGGAGAUCUCAAGCGUCAAGGAAUGGGCUGAACGACUCCAGAAACCGGCUGCGAGCACGUCGAUACAGUCUUCUCGGCGGCAAUCGUCUGCUCUCAGUUCAUUAGACGACACGAUGGAAGAUAUGGAUUUCUCGACAUGACGGUUAAUUGCAUCACGAUGCAUUGCGCGGCGUUGGGCGGCUGGGCUAGGUUGGGACAGGAUGGUAUGUGUACAAUAUCUGGAAAUACCCUCUAUAAAACGAGAUACACGGGUUACUUUUUUAAUCCUUCCCAAUCAUACUUUACUACAACAAUUUAUCCUUCAGUCCCUGGGGCGCGCAUCUGCUCGCCGUCGAGAUCUUCUUGCUGUGGCCCGAUCUUGGAGCUGGAUAGGGUGGCAUUGCUGUCGUCGGCGUUGUCUUGAGGAUGGUCGCCGUGUCCGGCUGCGGUGGCGGAUCCAACUGAGGUUGCGGGCGUGGCUGUUGAGGAGGACUUGCUGUCUGAGGGACCGAAGGUUGUGCCUGCUCCCCGGGCGGAAUUGAGGCUAGAUUGGUCUUGGGAGGCGGACAUGGUAUGAUUUGAAGUUCGUAUGAGUGAGGUAGCUGGAGAGAAGUAUGCUCCUUGGUUCAAUGGAGUUGGGGUAAAAGAAGCUCGAGUUGAGGCUUCGAGGUUUUGAGGGCUGGGAUUUGCAACACAGGUAUUUUCAGUUUUCGUUUAUAUCAAUUCAAAUCAAAUCAAGUUUAAGUUAGGAAGAGCUCUAGGACAAACUGUCAAAAGUAGCAAGGCUUCGGUUUGCACUGCGUUCAUUGCGAGCUAGAUGGAUGAUCCCCCAUCAAAAGUAGGUGACGUCGACGGCUCGAGGCUGGC